UUCUGGAUCGACGUAAACAAAAAAUUUGUUUGUUUUUUGAUAAAAUGAUUAAACUGAAAUUAUUGACCAAUUUCGUUUGUUUUCCCACAUUUUGUUAUCAUGUGAUAUGAGCUAGUUUAUUUUCUGAUUGGUGGACUCAGAGAGGAAAAUAUCUUUUUAUAAAUUUUUACGAUGAUUUUUUCGCGUAGAAAAUGUUAGUGUAUUCGCUGAAUAAACGAAAAAACUGUAGUAGUGAAUUGUUUAAGAAGAUACUAACGUAACCUAACCUAAUUGUUUUCUGGAACUCAUUCGGACAAACAGGUACUUGCACAACAUACAGCUUGAAAACAGUAUCAAAAUGAAAGUGGUAGCGUUGAUUAGUGGUGGCAAGGACAGUUGCUAUAAUAUGAUGCAGUGCAUUGCAUCAGGACACGAGAUAGUUGCUUUAGCUAAUUUGGAACCGAAAGAAAAAGAUGAGCUGGAUAGCUUCAUGUACCAAACUGUGGGGCAUACUGGUGUACCUUACAUUGCCCAGGCUAUGGAAUUGCCCCUGUUCCGGAAGCUAACUGAUGGAUUAUCAAAGCAACGUGGAAAAUUUUACGAACCUACUGAUAAUGAUGAAGUUGAAGACUUGUAUCAACUCCUAAGCAGUGUUAAGGAACAAAUAGAAUUUGAAGCUGUAGCUGUUGGUGCAAUAUUAUCAGACUAUCAAAGGGUGCGUGUUGAAAAUGUUUGUAGUCGUUUGAAUCUAGUCUCAUUGUGUUACCUGUGGAGAAGAGAUCAGCAUGAAUUGCUUCAAGAGAUGAUUGAUUGCGAUGUCAAAGCUGUUAUUAUUAAAGUAGCUGCUUUGGGUCUUGAUCCAGCUCGACAUCUUGGCCGAUCUUUGAUCGAGAUGCAACAGCAUCUUAGUUUAGCGUCUGAAAGAUAUGGAUUGAAUGUUUGUGGAGAAGGUGGAGAAUUUGAAACUUUUACACUUGAUUGCCCGUUGUUCAAACGGCGGAUAAACAUUGAUGAAUCAGAAACAGUGAUACACUCCAAUGAUCCAAUAGCUCCAGUUGGCUACAUGAACCUAACAAAACUGAGUCUAGUCGAUAAAACAAUCAAUAAAACAUGUAAUGUGAAAAAUUCUUUAGAUUUUAUAAACGAUUUGAAUUUAUCGUCGUAUAGUGAUUUAAGUGAUCCUGAUUUGAGCGAAUCUGAAUUGGAAUUAAUUGAGAAACAGCAAUGCGCUAUUGAUAGAGAUAAGUCCAAUAAAAACAAACAGAUUUGUGAUUCUGAAGAUUGUUACCCAGUGCGAAAUAUAGAAAUGCGUGAUGUUUCUACAGACUGUUCAGGUAUUCUUCCAAGUACAAGCCAAGUUCAAAAUGUUAGUACAAAUACAGAAGAGUUGAAAGACUAUACCAGUGAAUCAUCACAUAUACAACAAUCUUGUAGCAGGCAUUCUAAUAAUAAAAUUGAUAUUGAAACCCAAACAUACAACCAAGAAGUCGAAACAAGGACAGCUGGGGCUCAAACAGUUGAUAUAAUGGACUCAAAAGAUGUUCAGUCAAGAACCAGUGAUACUCAAACAGACAACACUGCCUUAAACAAUAAACCGAAUUUAAGGUUGCCUUCUAUCCCGAGUCUUAUAGAGACACCUAUAAUAGAUAUGACACUGCACAAUACUACUUCUCCCCAUCUACCAGGGAAAGAGGAUAAGUUUUUUCCAAGCAAAGAUUCGAAACUUCUUCGUACUCCAUCUGAGAAGAAACGAGCUAAUGAGCUGUUACUGCAAGAUUUAGAUAAAUGGAAAGUAAUGCAUGAAAAGAAAGAUAUAAUCUUGGAACCCAAGUUAAUGUUUGACGAAGAAUCAGGUUGGGGGUUUUUGAGUGCUCUUUAUGGUUAUGCUGAUAACGCAGAAGAUGCCAUGGAGAUAGUCGUCCAAAAAGCUUUAGAAUUAAUGCAGUCAUCAAAGCUAGCUCCAUCAGAUCUGAGUUCAGUCAAUCUUUAUGUACGAGAUCUGUCUGAAUUUUCAACAAUUAAUCGCGUAUACAGCAAGUUAUUGCCCGAAUUAAAUCCUCCAAGCAGGGCUUGUGUCGAGAUGCCUUUACCAGAGAGAUGUCAUAUUGUAAUGGAAAUGGUAUUCUACAAAUGCCCAAAUAAUGGAGCGCAUAAUGGUGGAGAUUAUGAAAUUCCUGAGAAGCAUACUAUCCAUGUGCAAAGUAUUUCACAUUGGGCUCCUGCUAACAUUGGACCUUAUAGUCAAGCCAGCCGAGGCUCUGAUGUUGUUCAACUGGCUGGACAAAUAGGCCUUGUCCCUGGUUCUAUGAAACUUGUUGAUACAAUAAGACAUCAGUGCAAACUAGCUCUGAGACAUGUUGCAAGAGUGGCUUUAGCUGCUGGAUGUUCAGAACAAGUUCGUGAUGUGGUUCAAGCAAUAUGUUUUGUGGCUCAUCCAGCUCUGAUUCGAGAAUCCCGCAGACAAUUGGAACGAUUAUCUAACUCAGCUCUGGUUUUGUAUUGUGCAGGUUCAGGACCAUUGCCACGUGGUGCUUCCGUUGAGUGGUCUGUAUGGGCCCAUAGGCACAACAAACAAUUUCAAUAUGAAGAAACCGGUUGCUCAAUAGGAGAAUUCAGUGUUGCUAUAACAAGUCGAUGGAAUUAUGAAGGCACAGUAUGUGCUUGUAUAUGUCAUCUUUCUACAGCUUGCAGUCUGGGAGCUGAUUCAGCUACAACAGCCUCUGCUGUGUCACCUUCUAGUGGAGACUAUUCUCAGCUCAUUCCUGGUCCACAGAUCACAAUUGAACAAUUGUUGGAAACAUUGCGUUAUACAGCUAACAAACUAUCUCGUUGCUCUGAUGGCAAAACAGACAAAUUUAGUAACGAAUGUGUUGAUGAAAGGGAUAAUGAAAAUACAGGUCGUAGCAAUUCUAAUUCUAUAGUUGGAGCAGCAAAGAAAAGGACUUUAUCUUUUAAAGUUUUCUAUCGGACAGAUAGCGGUUUGAAUGUUGAAGAUUUAGUCACAGCUUGUCAAAGAUUGGAAGAGGAAAUAGAACAAAAUGUAUUGUACACCAUAUUGCCCGCAAGUUAUUUGCAGAAUGCUUCUACAUUCAUCUCUAUUUGCGGACUAAGAUUUGAUUAA